CCACCUGGACCCUCAAAUCCAGCUCCUGCUGGAGGUGACUUGGGAAGCGCUGGAAAAUGCCGGGAUCCCGCCAAGAUCCAUCCGCGGCUCAAAUACCGGCGUUUACGUAGGCGUGACGUCAAGCGAAUACCUCACGAUGACCUGCAGCCCUUAUUCAAAUAUCAGCCAAUACACAAACUCCGGCACAAACUCAUGCAUGGUGUCCAACCGUAUCUCCUACGAGUUUGACCUCCAUGGUCCGAGCUUUUCUGUAGACACGGCCUGCUCCUCUUCGCUGUACUCCAUCCAUCUUGCCAGUGAAGCCAUCAGAAAAGGAGAUUGUAGUAUGGCCAUCGCUGGAGGUGUCAACUUGAUGCUGCUGCCAAUAACCUCGGUGGGUUUCUGCCAAGCAGGGAUGCUGUCACCAGAUGGCAAGUGUAAAAGCUUUGACGCCUCUGCAGACGGGUACUGUCGGAGUGAGGGAGCCGGGGUUGUUGUCCUCAAGCCACUCUCCAGGGCACUGGCAGAUGGUGACAGGGUCUAUGCUGUCAUUAGAGGCGGCACCCUGACCAAUGAUGGGAGAACACCAGGCAUCGCGAACCCCAGCUACGACGCCCAACUGGACCUUGUUGAGAAAGCGUGUGCAGCAGCCAAAGUACAUCCUCACGACAUUCAGUAUGUAGAGGCACAUGGAACCGGCACCAAGGUUGGAGACAGAACAGAGGCAAAUGCGCUGGGCCAGAUCCUUGGUAGAGGACGAACAAAGGAAGAUCCACCUCUCUACAUUGGCUCGGUUAAGUCCAACUUUGGGCACGCAGAGGGCGCUGCAGGUGUAGCGGGAAUCAUCAAGCUGGCGCUCAUGAUUAGCAAGGGCCAAAUUCCCAGGGUGGUGCACUUUUCAUCACCAAAUCCGGACAUACACUUUGAUGCGCUAAACAUCAAGGUCCCCAGCACUUUGUUACAGUGGGAAGGGAAGGGAAGCAGACUUGCAGGAUGCAGCUCCUUUGGCUUUGGUGGAGCUAACGCUCAUCUCAUCUUGGAGAGGCCCCCAACACCAGAUCUUCAUCCAGCUAUAGAAAACAGUGGCAAAGUCAACGCCAAUCACUUCACAAGAGGGACAGAACGUGAGACAAAAACUAUCAUGUUGCUGUCUGGAAACACCAAGGCUGCCCUGAAAGAACAAGUGGAACACUGGAUCUCUUUCUUAUCGGACACUACAGCUUUCAAUGAAGACCGCUUCCUGCAGAGCCUGUACACUGCUGCAAACCGGUAUCAACACCAUGCAGAAAGGCUGGCAAUGGUUGUCAACGGGCCCGAUGACGCCGUUCAAAAGCUAAACCUCAUGGCAAGAGGAGAGAAGCUGAAGACCGCUGUAGAGGGGAAAGUCCCAGAGGGUGCUGAGCGCGGGAAGAUGGCCUUUGUCUUCUCCGGGAUGGGAACUCAGUGGUGGGGAAUGGGCAGGCGACUUGCCCUGGAGGAGCCAGUAUUCAGUGACGUGAUGCAGCGAUUUGAAGAUGUGUUGAAGACACUAGGAGCUGACUGGUCCAUAGCUGACAUGUUGACAAAGGAGACAAAUCCUGACAAGAUCAACAGGACAGACAUCGCACAGCCCUGCAUCUGCGCAGUACAGAUGGGUUUGGUUGAGCUCAUGAGACAGUAUGACGUCAUACCUGAUGCCAUCGUUGGCCACAGCGUUGGAGAAGUGGCAGCAGCAUACGCUGCUGGUCUCCUGAGCUUCGAAGAUGCCGUGCGAGUGAUCUACUACAGAGGAAAGGAGCUCUGCAAGACAAGUGGCCAUGGGAAAAUGCUAGCCGUGCUGCACCCAAUGAAAGAAGUGGAGGAGCUCGUCGAAAAGGAUGAGAACAGGAACAUCAUCAAUGUAGCCGCUACCAACAGUCCCAACCAGAUUGUGCUCUCCGGAGACGACAAUGCCAUCGACAGCUUCCACAACAAGCUGAAGAGUAGAGGCAUCAAAUGCGUCCUCCUUAAAGUGAACAAUGCAUUUCACAGCUACCAACAGGAACAGGUAAAGGAUUCCAUUCUCAAAAAGCUUAGCAUCCUGUCAGCAUCCAGCAGGACCACCGAGGCACAGAUACCCAUGAUUUCUACCGUCACAAACCAAUGGCUGUCCUCAGAUGUCACCAACACGGCCCACUACUGGUGGACGAACAUCAGACAACAGGUCCGCUUCAUGCAGUCAGCAGAGGUUCUCCUGCGGGACGGCUACAGCACGUUUGUGGAGAUAGGAGCUCAUCCAGCCUUGGGGCCUGCCCUGAAGGAUAUUCAAAGCACCAGUAACUCGCGUACCACAAAGCAAAACAUCAUCCCCACUCUGGUACGACCAAGAGACAUCUCUUCACCAGCCGAUGACCGUGAAAACAUACUGGUCGCUACUGGAGCCCUGCAUGUUGCAGGGUACCCAGUCAACUUCAGCCCUGCAUUUGAGGAAAAGCACCGACGUGUUCGCGACAUCCCGACAUACCCUUGGCAGAGGGUUCUGUGCAAUGCUGGUACAGAAACAAGUUCCUCUCGGUACCUGUUUCCUCAGACGUCACAUCCUUUACUCGGACAAGCACAAGAAACCACCGAAGGGACGAGCAGUCAAAAGUCAAGGGUCUGGUGUUCCAAUCUCUCAGAAGAAUCUGUGCCAUGGCUUCAGCACCACAUCCUAGAUGGAAAUGUGGUUGUCCCCGCUGCAGCAUACAUGGAGACAGCACUGGCUGCAACCUCUGAAAUCUUUGCGGAUCAAAAUGUACUUUUCCUGAAAAACCUUCAGUUCAAACGUUUCAUGUUUGCCCCCACUUCGGAAGCGGUAAUCAAAUCAACGCUGCAACACAAAACUACAAAGGAAAAGCACUUCAGCCUGUACAGCAAAGAUGCCUCCGGUGCAUGGGUCCUUCAUGCCACAGCAGAGGUGCACAAGGGAGACCUGACACAACCAGUUGGAUCCACCAACGUCCUAUCCAAUGUUGCAGAGAGGUGUUUCAAAACUAUUUCCAGCGAAGAGAUCUAUGAAGCUGCGGAAGAAGCUGGCUUCCAUCUCGGUAGUUCGUUCCACUGUGUUACUUCAUGCACGGCAUCCGACAGCUACGAAGAAGCCGUGGUCACAGCAGAGGCACCAGAAGAGAUUUCACGAGAAUUUGGGCGGUACAUCUACCAUCCUGCCUUCAUGGACACAUUUCUACACACAUUUGCUUGUUUGUCACUCCUAAAUGACAAGUACACUGGAAAGACACCAGCAAAACGAGUUCCAUUCUCCAUGAAAUCUCUGUGCAUCUUCAACAAAAUGCCAUCAAACGUCACUCUCUACUUCAGGAUUUCAAAGAAAGGUCCACGCAGAGUGGUGGACAUCACAGUGACCGACCCCAGUGGCCUAGACGUCAUUUGCGAAGUCAAAGAGCUCAUGUUUGAGGAUAUUGAUGCAGAAUGA